AUGUCUCGCGCCUCACUCCUCGGCAAGCGGACUAGGACCGUUCAGGACCAAGAUGAAGUCCAGCUUCCUGCGAAGCGAACUAGAAGACAGACUCGAGCCGCACAAGAGAAUGACGAGAACGCAGACCCCGACACGAAUGCCACGUCCGAAAGCGAUUCACAGGUCGACGAUGUUUAUGCUGAACCCUCUCCGAAGAAGCUCAAGCGUUCCCGCUCCCAGACUCUGGCUAAGGCGAUCCCUGUCACGCCUCAGACUCCCCGGCACCGAGAUGUCUUCGCCAAUUCCCCUUCAACCCCUCGAAUGGCUGUCAAGUCCGCCGGCAAGCUAUUCCAGAGAAUGACGCCGCAAUCUCCUCUCACCCCCGGCUCUCUUCAAACCGUCUACCACUCUGCACGACAACUCUUCGCCCGCGGUGCUGAUCCCGGUCAGCUUGUGGGACGAGAGCAAGAGCGCGAGCAGCUCUCUCAGUUUAUUCAACAAUGCUCAUCUACGAACCCCAGCGGAUGCCUCUACGUCAGCGGACCCCCUGGAACCGGAAAGAGUGCAAUGGUGAAGGAAGUCACAGAGCACUUGACCGAGUCAACAGCUGUGCGUCAAGCAACGAUCAACUGCAUGAGCAUCCGGUCAUCCAAGGAUCUCUACAACACCCUGCUUGACCUCUUGGGGCAUGACAGCGACCUCUCAGAAGCAUCGGCAAUGGAGGCGUUGCAAAAGAUCUUUGUGACGAAGAAGAAGGAUUCGCCUGUCUACCUCGUUGUCUUGGACGAGAUUGACCACAUCUUGACCAUGGGUCUGGAGAGCCUGUACCGCUUGUUCGAAUGGUCCUUGCAGCAGCCAUCCCGACUCGUUCUCAUCGGCAUCGCAAACGCCCUCGACCUCACGGACCGAUUUCUGCCACGCCUCAAGUCGAAGAACCUCAAGCCGUCUCUGCUCCCUUUUCACCCCUACUCAGCGGCCCAGAUCAAGAGCAUCAUCACCACGCGCUUAAUGUCGCUGCUCCCAAAAGACAGCAAGCAAACAACGACUCCUUUCAUUCACCCUGCAGCUAUUGAGCUUUGCUCAAGAAAGGUGUCAGCUCAGACGGGAGAUCUGCGGAAAGCCUUCGAGAUUUGCAGGCGCGCACUUGACUUGAUCGAGUCAGAGACAAAACAACGACACGAAAACGAAGCAAGAGAGAAGGUUUUGCAGAUGACACCUUCUCGGAAGCCUCUUGGCGAAAACACCAACAUGGCUGCAACUGGCGGCUCCAGAAGCGUACCUCACGUUGCUGCGGCGUCUUUGAAGGCCCUAACAGCAGAGACGGCACCUCGAGCUGCUAUUGGACAUCUGAACAAGGUGACGGCAGCAGCUUUCAGCAACGGCACCAACCAGAGACUGAAGGCGCUAAACCUUCAGCAGAAGGCCGCGCUCUGCUCAUUGGUCGCCCUGGAGAAGCGUAACAGAUCGGCGAAGAUGGCAAACGGCUUGGCAACUCCGACUAAGUCGCAGUCACUCGCCCCCACAGUCAAAAGCUUGUGUGAGACUUACACAAUUCUUUGCACCCGAGACUCUGUCCUUCACCCGCUGUCAAGCUCAGAGUUUCGCGAAGUCAUCGGAAGUUUGGAGGCGUUGGGCCUGAUCAACCAGGUUGAUGGAAAGACAGGGGGCCUUGUAGCAAUCCAGACGCCAAGCAAAAGAGGGCGUAAAGCGGCGAUGCCAACCGGCGAAGACAAGCGGGUGGCUAGCUGCGUUGGAGAGAAGGAGAUGGAGAGCAUCGCCGAGGGCGUUGGUGCAGCCAUCUUGACCCGAAUUCUCAGUGGCGAGGCGUUGGAUUAA